CAAAAAAGAAACACUGCCAUGGCUCCACCCUCUCUCACCAAAUUCCUCCUCCUUGUCCUGCUCGGCGCCGCCUCCUCUUCGUCCGCCGACUACGCGUGCAAGCCCUCCUGCGGCGCCAUCCCGAUCCACUACCCCUUCGGCACCGGCCCCGGCUGCGGCAGCCCCCUCUUCCACCCCCACGUCGCCUGCGCCGGCGGCGGCCACCAGGACCAGCUCACCUUCACCACCCGCUCCGGCUCCUACCCCGUCGACGCCGUCGACUACGCCAACCAAAUCCUCUACGUCUCCGACCCCUCCAUGUCCACCUGCUCCGCUACCAACCCCUCCCGCGGCUUCUCCCUCGACUGGGACGCCCCCUUCGCCUUCGCCGACGCCCGCAACGUCUUCGCCCUCCUCGACUGCUUCCCUACCCCCACCCUCAACGCCACCCUCUGCGACACCUCCUCCUCCUCCUCCAUAUGCGGGCUCCUCUACACGUGCCCCGCCGUCGCCGCGCUCGGCGCCCCCGUGUCCACCUGCUGCGUCUACGCGCCCGCGAGCCUCGGCCCCGCGUUCGACGUCGACCUGACCCAGCUCCGCUGCGCGUCCUACGCGGCCGUGCGCGGCUUCAACGGCGCCGAGACGAGGCCGGACGAGUGGGACUUCGGGAUCGCGCUCAAGUACAGGUUCAGCGCCGACGACGGCUUCCCCAGCGCCUGCGCCGACUGCGAGAAGAGCGGCGGCAUGUGCGGCUACGCCACCGCCGCCACCGCCACCGCCACCGCCACCGCCGCGGUGUACAACUCGUUCGCCUGCAGCUGCGGCAACGGCAUGAACUCGUCCACGAAUUGCUACUUCGCCGCCUCCGCCGCCUCGUGGAGCAGCGGUGGCGCUCGCCGCCGUAUUUUGCCGCUCGGGCUUUGGUUGACAUGUAUAUGGUUGGCAAUAGCAUGGACCCAAUUGCAAUUCUAA